GUUGAAAAACCCCUCAGAACAAUAUCUAUGAGAAUUUCCAUUUAGGUUUUCAGUUUUUGUUUACUUUCUAAUGUUGGCAUACUAAUUCAUACAUCCAUAAAUUAUACAUUCAUAAAAUUUCAGUGUUUUAGUGUACCGUCUGGCUAAUCCUUCCUCAAAAUGUCUUUGAUCCUGCUGUACACCCUUUGUCUGGCUGUUCUAGUUGGCGUUCUUUUUGGCCAAUAAAGCGAAUGCUGCUGGCCAUAAACAGGAGAGAGAGAAACCGUUUGGCUUUGGUGCCCGUUGCUCCGCAACAUGUUCAGCCUGUGCCCUAUGAUCCCUUGGAGACAUCCUCCUGGCACAAGGGCAUUCGCUCUCACAUCCGUUACUUGGCGCAAUAUGUUCAUGUACCGCCGGAUCUGGAUGAGGGCGGUAUGCCGGAGGAGCUGCAUUGCCAUAUGCUGGUCCUGGCCAUGCUGCAGGAUCUCUUUCGAAAGGGACGACUGCAGAGACCCACUGUGGAUGCCACGGAGUCCUCCUCGGACAUGGGUCCAGUUGCCGGUCGUGUUCGGGACUAGAAUUGCUCUGAUGAUGAGUAAGGGAAGAACAUCCUUCUCGUUGGAGGAAAAGGAAAUGGCUGCAUUUUGGGAUCAUCAACAUAAUCACACAUUUCCCCGCCUGUACUAAAUCGAUAGCCUAAUAAUCAUAUCGUGGGUUUUACUCCCCAAUAGCAUUUUUAA